AUGGGCGUCGGAUGGCACGUCAUGAAGAUUUUCGUCGAUAACGCGUUCCCGGUCACGCUCGUCAAGCAGGCCACCGCGGUGCGGUGCCUGGACCUCUCGUGCAGGCGCAAGAAGCUCGCCGUCGUGGACGAGACCGCGAACCUUCUCGUUUACGACCUGGACACGCAGUCGCUCCUCUACCAGGAGCCGAACGCCAACAGCGUCGCCUGGAACACCGAGAUGGAGGACAUGCUCGCCUACAGCGGCAGCAACAUGCUGUGCAUCAAGACGGGCCUGUUCCCGCCCCACAUGCAGAAGCUGCAGGGCUUCGUCGUCGGCUUCAAGGGGUCCAAGAUCUUCUGCCUCCACUAUAUAUCCAUGCAGACGAUCGACGUGCCCCAGAGCGCCUCCAUGUACAGGUACAUGGAGAUGAAGGACUUCAACACCGCCUACCGGGUGGCGUGCCUCGGGGUGACGGAGGCCGACUGGAGGAGCCUGGCGCUUGACGCGCUCCAGACCCUGCGGUUCGAGAUCGCCCGCAAGGCGUUCAUCCGCAUCCGCGACGUGCGGUACAUAGACCUGCUGAACCGGAUCACCCACCAGUACGGCAACAAGAGCACCCUCACGCACGAGGAGGAGCAGCUCAUUACCGCACAGGUGCUCGCCUUUCAGGGCAAGUACGCCGAGGCCGCGCAGUGCUUCGGGAAGGCCAAGCAGCACAACCUCGCGGUCGAGAUGUACACCGAGCUGCGCAAGUGGGACGAGGCCAAGCACUGGGCGCAGCAGGGCGAGAAGGCGGGUAUGAACAACAAGGCGGCCCCCCUGGAGAGCGGCAUCGGCAGCCAGCCCGACAGCAACAUCGUCAGCAAGGGCGAGGACACGUGCGCCGCUCCAGAGGCGGACAGCCGCUCCCUGUCGCCCAACUUCCGCGCCUUUCCCCUCGCCGGCGCACCCGAGGGGCUCGGGUUCGAGGUGGUGGGGAUGCAGCUGAGGUCGAGGCCCUCGGGGUCGGUGAUUGCCGAGCUGGAGGGCCUCAUGGCGGAACGCGGGUUCGCUGUCUUUCGCGACCAGGAGGCCCUGACUGGAGAUGAGCAGGUGCAGGCGAGCGCUCUCUUCGGCGGCAAGGAGAUACAUUCGACGCACGGGGUCCACCCGGAGGCGCCGAAUCGGCACAUCUUCAGGCUCAGCAACGACGAGAACGUCGGAAUACUUGGCGUGGGCCCCCAGUGGCACAACGACGGCAGCUUCCUGGAGGCGCCCUUCUCGCACGUCGGGUACUACUCGGUGAAGGCGCCCGCGGCCGGAGGGGAGACGUACUUUGCGUCGACGUCCCUGCCGUGGGCCCAGGAGUUCGGCCUGACCGCGGCCGAGAAGGAGAAGUGGAGCCGCCUGGCGUCCGUGAACAGCAACGGCGGGGUCGUCCAUCCCGUCGUGUACCAGCACGCGCUCACGGGGCGCACCCACAUCUAUCAUCUGCACCUGGGGAUGACGGGUGCCGUGCUGGAGCGUGUCCGGCCGAUCGCGGCCACGGGAGAGGACGACAACAGCCCGUCGAAUUUCCGGCUGCUGCCUCCAGACGAGAUGAAGGUGCUGUUCAACCGCUACAACGACCUGCUGAACGACAGCCGCGUCCACUGGAAGCACCAGUACAGGACUGGCGACCUCGUGAUCAUCGACAACCUCGCCGUUGCUCACAAGGCCGACGCCACGGCGCACGAGCGGAGCAAGAGCGCUGACGGCCUCCGGAUCCUGCACCGCACGACAGUUCGAGGCCUCGGGCCCUUCCACGCCGACGCCGUGCUGCCCGGCGUGGGCCGCAUCCCCAUAGAGUACGGGCGCCACCCUUUCAACCCCGAUGGCGUGUGGGAGCCCGGGGGGCUGGGCUACAGGUGGGACGACUCGAUCCGCAUGCAGAACUGA